AUGCUCGUUACGCGAUCGAAUUUGCUUCGGGCUGUUUUAGGCUCGAUGCCUUCUGAUAUUGCCAAGGGUUUGCAUAUUUUACGGGACCCCUUACAAAACAAGGGUGUUGCUUUCGGUGCCACAGAACGUACCUCGUUGAAGCUCACAGGACUCAUCCCUCCCAUUGGGGGUAAAGGAGCAAAUCUCAAGGUGGAUGCUGCAAACGAAUACAUAGAAAACGUCAGUAUGACUCGCCUUCGUUCGUUCGAAUCCGAUUUCGACAAAUAUGACUGGUUAAUGAACUUGUGCGACAAGAAUAAGGAGUUGUUUUAUCGACUAAUGAAUAAACAUCCGGACUACAUCAUGCCUUUGGUUUACACACCGACGGUUGGCUUGGCAUGUCAAAACUUGAGUCUUGUUUAUAAUGACGGAAGGGGCCUGUUUGUUACCAUCCACGACAAAGGAAACAUCAAAUCCGUUCUACAGAACUGGCCACACAAAGACAUCCGAGCAAUCUGUGUGACGGAUGGUGAGCGAAUUCUGGGGCUAGGAGAUCAAGGCGCGUUUGGGAUGGGGAUUCCAGUGGGGAAGUUGUCUUUGUACACAGGUUUGGCUGGAAUACCACCUCAGCAUCUCCUUCCUGUCACUUUGGACGUGGGGACCAAUAAUGAUAAAUUGCUCAACAGUCCGUUAUAUUUCGGUCUGAAGCAAAAUCGUGUCACUGGACAAGCCUACGAUGAGUUUAUUGACGAAUUCAUGCAGGCCUGCACUGCCACCUAUGGGGAACAUGUCCUUAUUCAGUUCGAGGACUUUGCGAAUCACAAUGCGUUCCGUCUGCUGCACAAGUACGAUAAGUCCUACAGUACAUUCAACGAUGAUAUCCAGGGCACAGCAUCCGUGGUAUUGGCCGGUAUACUAGCCUCGCCCACACUAACCGGACGCAAAUUAUCGGAAGAGGUGAUAUUAGUGUGCUAUGGGGCCGGAGAAGCAGCGAUCGGAUUCGCCGAUCUGACCACGCGAGCACUGACCAAACGUUUCGGGCUCAGUGCGGAGGAAGCGAAGAAAAAACUCUACCUGGUCGACAGUAAGGGACUUGUCGUGGAGGGACGAAAGACCGGCGGACUGACGUCGCAUAAGCUGAAAUAUGCUAGACCAGCCGGUACCCCAGAGCUGACAGACUUGGAAGAGAUAAUAAAAUUCACAAAAUGUACAGCUCUCCUGGGAGCCGCCGCUGUUCCGCGAAAAUUCACACCGAAAAUUCUCAACCUGAUGGCUGAGCUGAAUGAAAAACCGCUGAUUAUGGCCUUGAGUAAUCCGACCCCAGUUGCCGAGUGCACAGCUGAAGAAGCUUACAAACACACGCAUGGGCGUUGUGUUUUCGCCAGUGGGAGCCCGUUCCUACCUGUCAGUUUGGAUCCCGCAUCCUGCCCAGGACUUAAACAGCCCCUAUAUCGCCACCCUGGCCAGGCGAAUAAUUCCUACAUUUUCCCCGGUGUGGCGCUUGCCAUAGUCAGCGGUAGAAUUUCGCCCGUAACCGAUGACGACUUUUUGGUUGCCUCCGAGACACUUGCUUCGUUGGUCAGAGAUUCGGACUACGAACUCGGUCGUCUCUUCCCGCCUCUUUCCAACAUUCGCUCUGUUUCCGUGUCCAUUGCACGUGCAAUCAUCACGGCCGCUCUGCCCGAGGGACGAUGUCGUGCGCUUAAAGGCAUAUCCAGCCCAUCUGCCACUCAGAUUGAAGACCUCGUGGAAAAGUUUUCAAACUACCCACCGGAGACCUAAAAAAAACAAACCUGCUUGUGUGGAACUAACUCAACAAGAUUCUCAAGCGUGGGCGUUAGUUUCCUAUUAGGCAUUCAUGUCAAAACAAACCCAUCUAUCCCUGUCCCUCAUUGUUCCCCGUGUUGUUCUUACUGUGUCACUGUGUUUUCGCUGUUUCAAUAGCUUGUUUCGAUGACAAUGUUGAUAUUUUCAAAGUUAGGAAGAAGAACAGACCUCCAUGACGAUAUUAUACAACUCCACACUCCCGUGACUCUUUCUUCAUGUACGUUUUCAGUUCACACAUGAGCCGAGUGAUCUGCGUUGGUGACAAAAAGUGACCAGUUUUUCGACAUAUCCCCGACAUAAUGCUUGUCAACAUCGUUGAUUACUCUCUAGGGCAGACCCUGUGUGAUUGGUCAAACUGUUUCAUCCAGUAGCUGAUUAGAACGGAAAUCAUACCCAAACUAGAAGAGUUUCUUUUUUUAAAAAAAGAAUGACUUGUUUUUGCGACGUUAAAAAGACUGUUGAGGGGGGAC